AUGAAACAUGCUCCAACUAUGAAUGAUAUUCAACGCACUCGUGCACACAUACAAACACUCGCAUCGAAUAAAAACAAAUGUACAGGACCAAUACGAAUGAAAAAUAAUAUAAAAAAAGCCAAAUCGGCUGCAUCAGUUAUAACGACUACAACAUCACAACAAUUAUCUAUUGAUAACAUUUGGCAAUCAAUAUCUGACAAUAGUAUAAAUAAUGAGAUGGAGAGUGGGACAUUACCACCGCCAACUAUGUUACUACAUUCUAAUGAAUCAAUGCAACAAAUAUCUUCAUCCGAUUCUCCUAUGAAUGCAUUUUCUGAUAUAUUUUCAUCAAGACAAUCAACACAAAUAAAUAAUAAAACAAAUAAACGAAAACUCGAUGAACUUGUUGAUCCAUCAUCAAUUGACUUUGAUCCAUCGUCAUCAUCAUCAUCUUUAAAGCCACAAAAAACUGAACAAGUUGAUUCAGAAAGAUCACUAAGUAGGACAGGAACUCCUUUAUCAAAUGGUACUCUACCGUCACAAUCCGGUUCAACUCCGUCUCGGAAUGGCAAUGAUAAUGGCCCAUCAUAUGAAUUCGGUCCACCUAGUAAUCAUAAUAAUAAUAAUACCGGUAGUACUACACCGAAUCCGUCAUUACUUACGCAACAAACGCCACCAUCUUUGCAACAGCAACAACAAGUUCUACAUCCACUCCUACCGUCGUCAUCAUCUUAUAUGCCGAUGUCACCACGCAAUCAAUAUACAAUUACCAGUGAUAGUCCAUUUUUACAGGCAAAUAAUCAAGUGUUUGUAUUUACAACACAAUUAGCAAAUGAAGCAGCUGAAGCUGUAUUAAAAAAUGAAUGUCCAAAUAUUAUUGAAUAUCAUAAAUCAUUACCUUCUACUGCUCAAUAUUUAACUUCUCUUUCAAAUAAUAUGAACAACAGUCAUAAUUCAUUACUCGGCGGUCCAAUGCAUAUGAAUCAUGGUCCAUUGCCUGGAUGUCAUUCGCCUCGAACUAUGCAAAUGAUGAUGGGCGGACCAGGACCUCAUAAUCCACACUCACAACAUCAUAAUGGUAAUGGUGGUCCACCACCAAAUUGGCAGCAUCCACAUUUUCAUCCAUCACAACAACAACAACCACCAUUUGGUCGUCUAACGCCAGGUCCUGGUGGUUUACCGCCACCAAGUCAUAUUUUGCCACCUGGUGCACUCAUGAUGAAUGGCCAACCACCAUCUGAUGGUAUUGAAAAUCUAACACCUGAACGAGCAAAACAUCGAAAAAAUCAAUUGAAUAAAAUAGAAGAUUUAAAAACUAAAAUUACAGGCGGACGAAGUCGUGGUGGUAGAACUAAAGGAAAUGCUGCUGCUGCUGCUGCUGCUGCUGCUGCUGCCGCCGCUGCAGCAGCCUCUGGUAAUAUCCCAUCACCGGUUAACGGUGGUCCAUUACUUCCAGGCUCACUUGAUCCACAUCAACAACAAAUGAUGAUGAUGAACAGUCCACAUGGUGUUGGCCCACCACAUCAUAUGAUGGGAGUCGGACCACCACCACCACAUAUGUUACCUCCAGGCAUGCGAGGACCUGAUGGAAUGAUGCUUGAUAUGAAUGGUCCUCCACAACCACCGCAUGUAUAUAUGAAUGGACCAAUGCCACCGAAUUUUCAUGGGCAAUAUGGACCAGGACCAGGUGAUCCAUAUGGGCAAUUACCUCCACAUCAGCAAGCACAAGCAGUACGUGAAUGGCAUAAAAUGCAAAUGGAACAUAUGGAAGGAAAAGCACAACAAAUGCGUGGACAGCCACCCCCUUACUCGUCUGCAUCACCAUCAUCAUUAACGCCUCCAAUAGCUACGACAUCAGCAGGUGGUGGUUUAGGACCUAAUGGUAAAUUACUUUCACCAAAAAUGGAACCAUCAACAACACCACGUCUGUUUAAAGUUGGUCAACCAGAAAAAUUUAUUCCUGAUUUAUUGCCAUCAUCAGCGAACAAAAAAAUAGCUGGUAAUAUUGGUGAAGUACAACUAACAGUAUCACCAACUCAAAUGGAUUAUAAUGAUUUAGGUAUGGAAGGUGAAGAAUUAGUGAUAACGAGACAUUUGAAUCGAGGUUAUCGAACAUCAAAUGGAAUCAAUAAUGGUCCUCCAUUACCAUCAUCAUCGUCAUCAUGUAAAGAUGAACCUAUGACACCUUUAACACGUUCAAAUUCAACAGCUAAUAAUAAUACAAAUCCAUUAUCAUCGGGACAACAACAACAACAACAACCACCAGUGGGUUCCACAACACCUACUCAUCUUUCGCAACAAGGACCACCAUCACAUCUUGCACAACAGAAUAUGUCAACUGUAUCACCUCGUCAAGCUAAAAUGACUGCAAAUAAUAGUUUAUCAUCGCCAUUAAUGCUCUCAAAUAAUAAUUCAUCAACGAAAGACGAACCAUUAGAUAUGAAUGGUGGCCCUAAAACUCCAACGUCAAAUAUGGCACCACCAUUAAGUAGUAUGCUACAGAUGACAAAUAGUUUACAAUCAGCUAAUUCUCCAUAUAAUCCAUCAAAUAAUAUUGGAUCAAAACCAUCAUCAAAUCUUAGUGGAAAUGGACCACCAUUGAACAAUCCAAAUAUGUCACAUACGCCUAAAUCAAUGGAUCAUUUGCCAUCGCACAUGUCUUUGCCGCCACAUCUUCAACAGCAACAUAUGCAAUUUCAAAAUAUGAAUCCACAUCAUCGAAUGUUGGGUCCACCAGAAUCGAUGCCACCACAUUACAAUCCACAUCAUGGUGGUAAUUUACCGCCACCUCAUCCACACAUGUAUAAAAUGAUGCCGCCACAUCAUUCAAUGGAUCCGUCUGGAAUGAUGGUUCCACAUCCAGGUGGUCCAUCACGUUCAUCUAAAGGUUUACCACCAUCUGAUCCCAUGCAACAACAUCCUCAUAUGCCGCCACCACAUUAUAUGAAAAUGCAUAAUAUGGAUCCAUUAUUAGGUCCACCGCCGCCUGGUCAUCAACAACAACACAUGCGUUUCGUGCCUAUGAUGGAUGAUGGCUUUGGGAUGGGACCACCGCCACCAUCACACCAUCCGCAUAUGCAUCCACACAUGCAUCCACAUAUGCAUCAUCCACAGAUGCAUCAUCAUCCACAAAUGCAUCCAAAUGAUGGUCGUCCACCGCCACCUCCUCCACAAUCAAUUAAUAAUACAUAUGUUUCAACAACAAUGUCCAUACAACAAUUAAAUAUUCAAAAUCUAGGUCCUGGUGGACCACCAUCUGAACUUCAAGCAGGUACUAUACAUUACCAUGCACCGUCAGCGAAUGGUCCUGAUUCUCAACAACAACAGCAGCAGCAGCAACAACAACAACAACAACAUCAUCAAGGACUAUCUGGCUCGAAUGGUAAUGGUAGCAUGUUUGGUUCUCAACAACAAUUUACAAACAUGAAUAAUAUGUCAUCUAAUGAUCCAGGAUUUGCAUCACAAUACAAUGAUCUUCAAUUACCACCAUCAAAUCUCAGCGUAGACGGUCUACAACAGCCUCCUUAUUGGUGA